AUGGGCAGCGCCUCCGAUGACAGCGACUUGGCUGUCCAGAGGCCACCGAAGCGUACGCAAGUCAAGGUGGAUGCGGGCUCUGACAGCGACUUGGCGGUACAGCGGCCUCCCAAGAAGGAGAGCAAAGAGAGCAAAGCCGAUCCUGGCUCUGACAGUGACUUGGCAGUGCAGCGGCCGCCCAAGCACAAGGGCAAACCGGCCAACGGAGGCUCUGACAGCGACUUGCCAGUUGAAAGGCCGUCCAAGCAUCGGAGGGGCAAGCAUGCUGAUGCUGGCUCCGACAGCGAUUUGGCAGUCGAAAGGCCAUCCAAGCACAAGAAGAGCAAGCACGCCGAUGUGGACCCCCAUGCUGACCUGACUGUGCAGAGGCCGUCAAAGCAGAAGAAAAAGAGCAAGCAGGCCGAUGCAGGCUCCGAUAGUGACUUGGCAGUCGAAAGGCCAUCCAAGCACAAGAAGAGCAAACACGUGGACGCGCAGCCUGGGGCCCUGGGCAAGUCAGACAAGGCUAGGAAGGUCAAGGAGCUCGACCAUGAGUCUGAGGGCGAGCAACUCAAGAGACAAGCUCCGCCUUCCAAACCCUCUCAGCGCAGAGAGGAUGAUGUGCUGCCGUCUCGCAUGCUGGAGCCCAGCAAAAGCCGCGAUCCGGAUUCGGGCUUCGGCUUUUCCGGUAAAGGCUCGGAUGGCCCCAAAGGCAAGGGGAAGGGCAAAGGGAAGGAUGACGGCAAUGAGCAGCCCAAAGAACAACCCAAUUUUGAGCCUUCCGGCCUGCUGGCGUUGGAGGACAAUGCCAAGAAUGGGAUACCGUUGAAGUUCACAGUGCCGGCAGAGGUCAAACUGCCUGCGACGAAGUGGCGCCUCUAUGUUUUCACAAAAGCCAACGAGGCACCCAAAAUCAUUCCAAUCCACAAGGAGGUUGGCUACCUCUUCGGCAAGGACCGGCGCGUUGUGGAGGUGCCAACGGAUCACCCCACGUGCAGCAAACAACAUGCAGUUCUUCAUUAUAGACAAGCAAAGAGUGGCUUGGUAAAGCCAUACAUAAUGGACCUAGAGAGCGUGAAUGGCACGUUUGUGAACGGAAAGCGGAUAGAGGCAUCACGAUACUAUGAGUUGAAGGAGAAGGAUGUGUUGAAGUUUGGCAUGAGCACAAGAGAAUUCGUGCUUUUGCACGGGGGCUCUGCAAACCAUAUGGCCAUUGAUGCUAAAGACCUGAGGUCGCCCUCUGAAGGCUAG